GCUGUCGGUGUCUACUCUGCUGGGGCCGGGGCACAGUUUGGUUCACGCCAAUUCUUUCUUCCACCAGCAGGCUCAUGUCUUAGGCACAAGCCAUGGACCUAAGAGGACAGGCGGCCGCAGUGCAGGGAAGCAGAUGCUCCACCGGAGAGACUGGCGGGGGUUGAGUAACAGGGUUGGUUCCUUUCAGAUCCUGAUUUGUGCCAGGACCGGUGCUGGGUGGGUGUCUGGGGAAUGAAGCCUCCCAGCUUCUGCGCUCCCAGCUCCCAGCCGGGAAGGUCACACACACCUAAACAGAUGAGGCCGCGCGGCCUCGGGUUAGGGCCUUCGUCCCCGCUCCGUCCCCGCGCCAGAGAGCCCGGGGCCGGCCAGAGCCAGGGCGCAGCUCCGAGCAGGGCGGAGGGCGGCGCGGGGGAGGGAGCGAGGGAAGGGAAAGGCGAGCGGAGCUGCCUCAAAUGCUUGGAAUAAUUCCGCUUCCGUUUGGAAAGCCGCAGCCUCAGUGCGCCGCGUCCGCCCAGCUCCGGCUCCAGCUCCAGCUCCAGCUCCAGCUCCGCUCCGCGUCCCGCUCGGCCCGCGCCCGCCCGCGCGCGCCAUGGCCUCCUCCCCGCAGAAGUCGCCUUCGGCCCCCAAGUCCCCCACCCCCAAGUCGCCCCCGUCUCGCAAGAAAGAUGACUCCUUCUUGGGGAAACUCGGAGGAACCCUGGCCCGGAGGAAGAAAGCCAAGGAGGUCUCAGAGCUUCAGGAGGAGGGCAUGAAUGCCAUCAACCUGCCCCUCAGCCCCAUCCCCUUCGAGCUGGACCCGGAGGACACCAUGCUGGAGGAGAAUGAAGUGCGGACCAUGGUGGAUCCAAACUCACGCAGUGACCCCAAACUCCAAGAACUGAUGAAGGUGUUAAUUGACUGGAUUAACGACGUGCUGGUUGGAGAGAGAAUCAUUGUGAAAGACCUGGCUGAAGAUUUAUACGACGGCCAAGUCCUACAGAAGCUCUUUGAGAAACUUGAGAGCGAGAAGCUAAAUGUCGCUGAGGUCACCCAGUCAGAGAUCGCUCAGAAGCAAAAGCUGCAGACCGUCCUGGAGAAAAUCAAUGAAACCCUGAAACUUCCUCCCCGGAGCAUCAAGUGGAAUGUGGACUCUGUUCAUGCCAAGAGCCUGGUGGCCAUCUUGCAUCUGCUGGUCGCCCUGUCUCAGUAUUUCCGGGCACCAAUCCGACUCCCAGACCAUGUUUCCAUCCAAGUGGUUGUGGUCCAGAAACGAGAAGGAAUCCUCCAGUCUCGGCAAAUCCAAGAGGAAAUAACUGGUAACACAGAAGCUCUUUCCGGAAGGCAUGAACGUGAUGCCUUUGACACCUUGUUUGACCACGCGCCAGACAAACUCAAUGUGGUAAAAAAGACGCUCAUCACAUUCGUGAACAAGCACCUGAAUAAACUGAACCUAGAGGUCACAGAACUAGAAACCCAGUUUGCAGACGGCGUGUACCUGGUGCUGCUCAUGGGGCUCCUGGAGGGCUACUUUGUGCCCCUGCAUAGCUUCUUCCUGACUCCAGACAGCUUUGAACAGAAGGUCUUGAACGUCUCCUUUGCCUUUGAGCUCAUGCAAGAUGGAGGGCUGGAAAAGCCAAAGCCACGGCCAGAAGACAUCGUCAACUGUGACCUGAAGUCCACGCUGCGAGUGCUGUACAACCUCUUCACCAAGUACCGGAACGUGGAAUGAGGGCCCGGGCUGCCGCCGCCCGCCAGCUCUCGCUGCCAGCUCUCGCUGCAGGCGGACUGGGACCAGCCCCCAAGUCGCCUUUCCCUGCUUGUUCCUGUCCUCUGCUCUGCACUCUCCCACAAGCCCAGUGUUUGCACCCAGAGGUAGUUGGGGUUAGAAUUGACAUCAGGUAGAAAGUGACCAAUAAAUCUCUGGGCUGACCCCACCUCCCAGGCCCCGCGAACUGCCCCAGCAGUGACCCAAGAAAGCUGUCCCUGUGCGGGUGCCAGGCCCAGAUUUCCCUCCAUGUGGUUUGGAAAUAAGCUCAGGCACAAGUGACUCCCCGGAAGGUGAAAAUAAAGACCACAGUUACCAUUAAUGGGCAUAAACUCUGUGAGGCACCAUACUUACGUGUCCUGCCGCAUUCAAACUCAUUAACCCUCACGACUCCAUGGCAGUUGAUGUUACAAUCUCCUCUGACAGGUGAGGAAACUGAGCCUCUCAGGUUGAGCGACUUGCCAGGAGUUGGCAUUUGUUUGUCCUCUUUGAACAACAUAUUCAUUAGUGACUGGUCAGUUACAGCACAUGCUCUGCGCUUGCGCCUGCGCACACCCGGCAUCUUCAAAGAAGACCGGAGCCCCUGAUCUCACCAUAAGGGCAGGCCAGGUCAGGGCUGAUUCACGCUGAAAUUGGUAAAUUGAAUUUAACCCAAUUAAUAGUGGGUGUGUGGCAGGAGUCAUGUCCCUCAAAUCCUUUGUACAAAUGAAAAUUACUCUUAAUUCCUUCGGAUUUAUAAUAACCCCGUACUGUGGUUUCACGGUGACAUUUGGGAAGGAUUCUGUUUAGAAUUAAUGGAGUGGCACAUUUUGCAGCCUUUUUGCUUGAUUGCAUGUAAUGGAAAUGCCCUAUAUUUUCCUGCAAAAUAAGUACUCAAUUCAUUAUCGUUAGGCAAAUGUACAAUAUACUCAGGCACACAGAGAGCUGGGCACAGGCUCGUAUGAGCAUCGCUUGGGAAGUAGGGCUCUUCAACGGAGACCCUUGAACUUUAAAGAAAGGAACUCCUCUCUGCCUUCUAAUUGGUCAUUUAGACCAUUCUGGCUAAGUCUGCCCACAUGCAAUUACCAGCUAAUUCAGGCAAGGAAAAAAUGUAAGUCAUUUAGACCAAAGCCAAGCAGUUCCUCUGCGUGGGUGACUGCAGGGCUUGUGGUUACUUGUAUCUCCUGUAUGUGAACUGGACUUUGAAUUACAGAGCUCUCCUAAUGCCAGGCUGCUGUUUGGUCCAGUAGGAAAAGGGAUAGGGCUGAAGAGGGGUAGAGGGGCAGAACCUAGGGGAACAAGAAGUAGUGGGAAAUAUUUGCACGCUUAACAUAGAGGACUAGCCUCGGUGACGAGAGAAGUGUGGCUUAUGGUACUGAACACUUGUGCCCUAAAAUUGACCAAGGCCUUGGGAUAAAUAAUCAUUGGUGCUGAUAGUAUAUCUUCAUUACAGAAUUUUUAUAAAUACACCAGUUAAGUACAGCCUGUGUGGCCUCUUCCAGAACUGUGUGACUGCCUUGUCACUAAGCUCAUCUCUGGUUUGAGGAAUUUCUGCACAACCCAGAGUCAAGCCUCCAGUUGUCCAAAACAUUCCUUUAGCUUUCUCAUCAAGUCUUACUAGAUUAGCUAUCUGCAGUAAUGCAGAACCCAGAGAUUUCAAUACACGGCAUAUUUCUUUGGAUAUUUUUGCUCUGAGAAAGAACUGUUAUUCAGCAUAAUGAAAAUUUAUGAUAUAAAGGCAAUGUACCAUCUUGUGUCAAUUUAUGUACAAGAAUGUAAUUCUUUUCUACGUAAUUAGUGAGAUGUCAUGUUUAUCUUUGGGAAAUACUAAAUAUUGGUAUAAUGUUUGUUGUUGCUCUCUUUUAAAUGUCUAGUAGCAAAUCAAGAUAAAACAUAGUUGCUUGAUCUUCUUGAGUCAUACAAAGUGGGAUGAAAUGAUAGAAAUGAAUGCAGUCAAACACGCUUUGCUGUAGAAAUCUUGUCUCCUUUUUUGUCAUUUUCCCGUCACAUUUAAGGUACAAAUGUACAGGUCCCCUUAUUAAGAGCACACCUUUUUUUAAAAAAAAAAAAAUAUAUUUG